CACCAGCAAUUUUGUAGGAAGGCGUAUGAGUGAAUAGUUUUUUCUUCGAAUAAAAUAGUGAAACCCUAUUCAAAAUGAUAGCUUUAAUCAAUCGUAUCCUGGAUUGGAUUAAAAGUUUGUUCUGGAAGGAGGAAAUGGAGCUAACUCUGGUCGGUUUACAGUAUUCGGGGAAAACAACUUUCGUGAACGUCAUUGCCUCGGGUCAGUUCAGUGAAGACAUGAUACCUACAGUGGGAUUCAACAUGCGUAAAAUUACCAAAGGAAAUGUUACUAUUAAGGUUUGGGACAUUGGCGGACAACCUCGUUUCCGUUCCAUGUGGGAGAGAUAUUGCAGAGGAGUCAAUGCUAUUGUGUACAUGGUGGAUGCUGCAGAUCCAGACAAGAUCGAGGCGUCCCGCAACGAGCUGCACAACCUCCUGGAGAAGCAGCAGCUGACGGGCAUCCCGGUGCUCGUGCUGGGCAACAAGCGGGACCUGCCACAUGCGCUGGAUGAGCAUGGUCUCAUUGAGAGGAUGAAUCUGUCUGCGAUCCAAGACCGCGAGAUAUGCUGUUACUCCAUAUCGUGCAAAGAGAAGGACAACAUCGACAUCACUCUACAGUGGCUAAUCUCGCACAGUAAGUCGGGCAGCGCGCGCUAAACAAUCUCACCUUUAUUCCCUAUCGCAUAGGGUGCGGUGUCGCCUGCGCCCAGCUUAUUUCGUUUUACAGAGCACAGUCCACAAGGUUUUGUCUAUGUGAAUCGCUGUAAGGCAGGGGUUUCUGAAGGAGUUUCUAUAACAUUGGAUCAGACCAAGAGCCAGUCCACACGG